AUGGAACGACCCUUAGGCCCCGAGCUCGCGAAGCUGCGAGCCGCGCAGGGCGAGCACAUGGAGUACUACACGCUCGAGCACUACGACCGCCUGUACGGGCGGCGCCGGCCGUGGGGGCGCGACGACAAGGGCGGCAAGGUGUGGUGCAAGGACGUGCACGAGCCGGGAUGCACGGAGUGCACGUCGUGCCACUUUUGUCGACAGAAGACCACGGAUGUCAAGACGCGUUGCGUGUGCGGCGAGUGGUAA